AUGGGUAGUGGGCCAAUCACUGAACUAUUUGGGGGUGGGGCAGCUUUAGACUACGCGAUGCGGAUAGAGAAACUCAGUAGUGUAGGAAAAAAUUUAGGCCAGCAAGUAAUCAAUAGGGCCGCACUUUAUACUGACAAACAGCAGUCGACUCAUAAUAGCAUUGGCAGCAUCACACAACAGUAUGUCGUUGCAGUGUAUGCGAGCGCGGGCACACAUACGUCUGUACAACAGCAAGUGCUAGACCAGUUAAGAACCCAAUGUGACGAAGUCAUGCAGGUCUAUAAAUGUCAGGUAUCUUAUACCAUUGCUGAGCAGCAGCAAUCACAAGGACUGGGAGUACAUCAAGGUCUCGGCAAUUUAACAAGACAUGAGUUUACAGUACAUGUGUGUAUUGUUGGGCCAUACCUACAAAUUGUGGCUUGUAGAGCAGGCCUACUGCGUAGCAAUCCUACUCAGGAUUUUGUUUCGCUUAAAGCAUCUCGCUCUGUGGUACUUCAACAUCAUGGUGAAUUGAAAAGUAUCGUAAAUUUAAAAUUGGACGAACUCAUGAAUGCUACUCGUACUCGUAUCUCUUGUGUCCCAAUAGCACCGCAUGCUCCUCCAUCAGACUAUAAUGCUUCUGUCACUACUAUUGAAAUAGUGGGUCAACGGGAUGCUGUCGAUCGCUCACGCAUGCGAUGCUUGCUUUUAUUGGAUGAAUUGUUUGGGUUAUCCUGCACGUCGAUUGAGUUGGAUUGCGAAAUGCAUCCUAUUGUGGCAGGGCUACAGCGCAGCUAUCUCAAUCUCAUUAUGCACGAAACCCUAACCUCAAUAUAUCUGCCCACCCUUUUGACAACCCAAUCAUUACGUCCAGGACAUCCAGAGCCGGCUCAUGGUAGAGAUCCAUACUAUACAACAAUAUUUAUCACUGGCUCAAACGAUGGUAUUGCUCGUGCUAGAGAUCUUUUAUUUGCUGCAAUAGAUGCAAAGGCAAGUUGUAUUUUUCACUACUUUAAAUCAAAUGAUCACCAUCGACCAAAAGUUUUGACAAAACCUGUACCCUGUCUUCCAAGAAAAAUCGAUUGGCUUUUUAUGAACAAAAAACAACAAGUCCGAAAAAUCAUUCAUGACAAUGCAACUUAUAUCUCGUUUCCACCUCUUGGAAGCAAUAGCAAUGUCCUUACGUUUUAUGCAGAGCUUCCAAUAUAUAUGGAGCGAGCGAUCCGUGCAAUAAUGCAGUUGGUUUGUGAAUACUAUAUAUCCUGCAUUCAGCUACAAAACAUCGAGUCUACUCAAAUUUCUCAACAAUAUCUAAAUGAUCUCCAGCCACAUAUUCUUAGAAUAUCUCGCGAUUCUGGUGCUGAUAUUGUUAUGCAGCGACAAUUUAUUGAAGUCUAUGGACUUCAAAGUCAAGUCAAACAGGCAUACCAAGAACUCUUGUGUUUAGACAUGAUCAAAAACUCAAUUCGUGAUACCAAAUUUCAAGUCGAACUUGCCAUUGAGCACCGAGAUUUUAUCAACGGAAAAAAGAAUGGCAAAGUCAACAAGAUCAUCAAGGCUGCCAAUUGUCGCAUCGUGUUUCAGGACAAUUAUAAUGACUACAACAUGUUGAUUGAUCUGUACUCUCCUGUACCCUCUCGUGCAUAUAUGGGCUUGAAAAUGCUACAAGACGAACUUCCCGCUGAAGUGUCUUUUUAUAUCCCUGAAAUGUAUCACAAGCGCAUUAUUGGUGUUGGUGGUAAGAAUAUCCAAAAGAUUAUGAAAAAGUAUGGUGUCUAUGUCAAAUUUUCCAGUGCAGAAGAAUAUUCUGCGCUAGGAGGUCACUAUGAAAUCGAGGAUAAUGUCAUUGCACGCACACCCGCCAAAAAUGGUGAGAGUCUUAAAGAUCUCAAGCUGACCAUUUGCGACUCCAUCAAGGCACUCGAUCUUAUUGAAACAAAAAUUGACAUUGAAGUGCCACGACAGUUGCAUGGCCUGCUGGCUGGAUAUCAAGGUCGUGUGGUUCUUGACAUUGAACACAGUACCAAAGUCCGUAUUGCGUUUCCAGAUAGAGAGGCUGGCACGGAUGUCAUUACAAUCGAAGGCCCAAUUUCGCAGCUCGAAGUGGCCAAAGCACGCCUUAAUGCCAGCACUCCAUCCAUAUUUGAUUUUGACUUGCCAUUCAGCAAUGCAGCACAUCAAGCCAUUUCAUCACAAGAAUUCAGUGCCUUGGUCAAUCAACUCAAGGAUGAAGGAGUUCUUGUCAAUAUAUACUACCCGCAUGUAUUAAAAGCAGAUAUAGUACCAGAAUUGACCGUCUUUUUAAUCCACUCCUCACUCCCAUCUCUACGCUUAGAUGAUGCUAAAAAGAAUAUUAUUGGUUUUAUGUCACGAAAACAAGUUCCUCUCAGUAAUGUUGCUCGGUCUGGCUCUUUUGCCAACCUUGCCCCACCAUCCGCUACAUAUGAUACAUUCCAGCACUUUAAUAGAAAAUUAAUUGCACCCUCCACUACAGCUCCAGAUUCACAAAUUUCUACCGUAGCAUCCAACUUUAGUUUAUUUGCUACCAAGCAGGGAUCAUCUGGUUCUGUUCCCAAUUUACGUCAGCUGUUUGAUGAUGCUCCCAAUAUGCCGCCAGGACUUAAACGAUCUGGCUCCGAGGUCAAGCCACAGCCUUCUGCUAUUGGCCGACCUCGUAACUAUUCCAACACAAAUCCACAAAAAAACACACAGAUUUCUUCUGUACGGAUGCUCUCCGAUUCCUCUGAUUUUCUACGGCACACCCAUCUCAACCGACAAUCGCUUACUAUGCCUGAUCUUUUGUCACUAGUUGAUAACCCUUCUACUUCUAUAUCUAGUUUAAUUGGAUCGGGAAUGAUGAUUACUGAAGGAUCAUCUUAUGGACAACUUUCAAAUAGAACUAAUGCAGUAUCCACUGGUGCUAAUAUGAUGUCUGGAGGAACAUUGCCUGCUCAAAUAGGCUCGCCUUCUUCAGUAGAAGCUGCUGGAAAUAAUAUGGCUAGCAUUUCAUAUAGAUGGGGAAGUAACACUCAUCUUGGUAAAAGCAUGUCAUCUUCUGCAGUAAUGCAACAGCAGGAUCUUUCAAUGGGAAAGCCAUCGUAUCGUGGUCACGAAGCCUUUGUUCCACGCGAUUCCCAGUCUCAAACAUCACCAGAUAGCCAGCACGACGACGACCUAUCCAUCACAUUUGAUCUUCAAAUUGUAGAUACUCUACUUGGAACGGAUACCAAAUCCAAUCAAGACUUUAAUGAUAUUGGCCAAGUACUAGACCAAAUUGGACAUGGAAAGUAUCUUCCGCAUUUCAUUGAACACGAGAUUGACUUUCAAACAUUCAAAACACUUGAAGAUGCGGAUCUAAAAGAGUUGGGGAUCAAGGCGCUCGGAUCACGGAAAAAAAUCCUAACCGCUAUCAACGAAUGUCGGAUGGAGCCAGGUGGAGUCCAUCGUGUCACGGGGGGAGAUGGAUUAAGUGGUGGCAACACAGUACAAACGCAUAAUGAUCAGAGAAAGGGGCAGCCUGUUGAACAUCGAGAUACCUUGUCGCCUUUUGCAAGUCUAUCCAGAGAUUCUAGAGUCACUGAACAAUAA